GUUUUUUAAAAAAUCUAUGUCUUGUGAGUAGCCAACUUGGGGGUGCAACAUAAAAUUGCUGGAGUACCCCUUUAAAUGUACAGAAAAUAUAUAAAUGAACAAUUAAUUGAAUGAAUGAAAUAUGAAAAAUAAACUCAGGUAGAGUUAUUGUCAAAUUUUAAUGCAAGUUUGUUGAGCCCUUGAAGAAAGUUAACUUCUUUGUCAUAGAGAGUUUUUUCUUUGUCAGUCCCCGCCAUGCCAGUGCUCAGUGUUAUGCAGGGUAAAUGAUAAGUGACUGCGCUGUCCAGAGCUGAAAAACAGACAGUUGGCUCUUAAACAGGUGUCACAGAGUCAUUCAGCCCAGCUCACAGUGAGUUUGAGUGUCUGCCAGUGAAAGGAGCACUCACAAGUCCACAGACGUCCACUGUCAGAAAUAAGUGAAGGAGUGGCUGGCGUGACCGCGUGUGAGCCCACCACCAUGUCUGAGGCCGUGGUGAUGGAGCCUCCCAGACCAGGUGGCUUCCUGGAGUCUUCCUGUGGUACGGGGGACAGCGCAGCUUCCCUUGAUGACGGCAUUGUGGAUACAGCGAACGAGUCCUCAGAGGAAGAGUCCACAGGGGAGAGAGAAGAGGAGAUUUGUGCCCGUAAUGAAGUCACCAGCAGCACCAAGACUACAGAGGUCCCUGCUGAACAGACCUUAAACACACAAACAGUGAAUGCCCAGCGCCCAGACUCUCUGUCAUUGCCAGCGGCGGCAGCAGAGCGCAACAUGUGGACGUCUCAGUAUGAUGCAGAGGUGAAACUAAGAAUGGGGGAAUCUGGCCUGGCUGCCGAAACCCCUUUGACAGUCAACCAGAUGUUCACCUCAGCCGUGGAGCGUUUUGGCGAAUAUACGGCUUUGAGCUGGAAGGAGGGCGAGCAGCAGAAGAGCCUGAACUACAAAGAAUACUACCAGGCCUGCCGUACAGCAGCCAAGAGCUUCCUGAAGCUCGGUUUGCAGCGUUACCAUGGUGUCGGGAUCCUGGGCUUCAACUCCGCUGAGUGGUUCAUCUCUGAUAUCGGAGCCAUUUUGGCAGGCGGGUUUGCUGUGGGCAUCUACACCACCAAUUCUCCAGAGGCGUGCCAGUACGUAGCAGACAACAGCAAGGCCAAUAUCAUCGUGGUGGAGAACCACAAGCAGCUGCAGAAGAUCCUGCAGGUUGAAGACAAGCUUCCACACUUGAAAGCCAUCGUCCAGUACAAAGAUGCACUAAAAGAGAAGAGACCAAAUCUGUAUUCUUGGGCGGAGUUUAUGGAGCUCGGACGUGAUGAGCCAGAUGCUCCUCUUGAUGAGAUAAUCUCCAGUCAGAAGCCCAACCAAUGCUGCACGCUCAUCUACACCUCAGGAACUACAGGCCAGCCCAAAGGAGUCAUGCUCAGCCAUGACAAUCUGACAUGGACAGCGCUCUCCACCAGCCAUCACGUGCGUCUGACAGACGCCACUCAGGCUCAGGAGUCGGUGGUCAGCUACCUGCCUCUCAGCCACAUCGCAGCUCAGAUGGUCGACAUCUGGGUCACUAUGAGGGUCGGAGGGGCUACCUACUUCGCUCAGCCAGACGCCCUCAAGGGCUCUCUGGUCCACACCUUGAAGGAUGUGCGUCCCACAGCCUUCAUGGGUGUCCCACGUGUCUGGGAGAAGAUGCAGGAGAAGUUGAAGUCUGUCGGAUCCAAGUCUUCGACCGUGCGCAGGAAGGUGGCUGCCUGGGCCAAAGAUGUGGGUCUGCAGGCGAAUCUGGUCAAGAUGAAUCCAAGCGGAGCAGUCGGGCGCACACCAUUCAGCUAUCACAUAGCCAAGAAGCUUGUGUUCAAAAAGGUGCGUAAGGCUCUGGGCCUGGACCGCUGCACUAAGUGCUACACUGGCGCCGCACCCAUCACCAAAGACACCCUGGAGUUCUUCCUCAGCCUGGACAUUCCUCUGUACGAGCUGUACGGCAUGAGUGAGAGCACCGGACCUCACACCAUCUCACGCUCGGAUGCCUUUAAACUCACCAGCUGUGGUAAGGAGCUCCCAGGAUGCAAGACAAAGCUGCACAACCCCGACAAGGAGGGAAAUGGUGAGAUCUGCUUCUGGGGUCGCCACGUCUUCAUGGGCUACCUCAACAUGCCCGACAAGACGGAGGAAGCUUUGGACGCAGACGGCUGGCUGCACUCUGGUGACCUCGGCAAACACGACAAGAACGGAUUCCUCUUUAUCACAGGACGAAUUAAAGAGCUAAUCAUCACAGCAGGAGGAGAGAACAUCCCUCCUGUCCCUAUCGAGGAUGCAGUUAAGGAGGCCGUGCCGCUGAUUAGCAACGCCAUGCUGAUCGGAGACAAGAGGAAGUUCCUGUCUAUGCUGCUCACCAUUAAGUGCCAGGUGAACGCUGAAACAGGCGGUCCAGAGGACGAGCUGACGCCAGAAGCUGUUGAGAUCUGCAGGAAGCUGGGCAGCAAUGCCACACGCGCCUCUGAGAUCGCAGGCGGCCAAGAUCGAGAGAUCCAGGCUGCUGUCCAGGAGGGAAUCAACAGAGUCAAUGAGAAGGCCACCUCCAACGCCCAGCGCAUCCAGAAGUGGGUUAUUCUGGAUCGGGACUUCUCCAUCCCUGGAGGAGAGCUUGGUCCAACCAUGAAGCUGAAGCGGCCGGUGGUGGCGAAGAUGUACAAGGAGCAGAUUGACAACUUUUACAAAGAACUGGCAACUCCAACGACCCCCGACAACCCGCUGCCUCCCAAAUAGAGCUGCUGCAGACACACUCCCACCUCAUUCAUCCAACUUCUCCCUGUCGCCAUGUUUCUCUUGUAUAAAUGUUUUGAAUGCCUUACUAUGUUUUUUUUUGUUUUUGUUUUUGUUUGUUUUUUUGGUUGUUCGGUCUUGGUUUACAUUUGUGGGUGUUGUACAAAAGGAAAGCAAAGAGAAGAAGCCAUUGUAAAUUAGCUUUAUGAUUUUGAAGAUGUUCUCAAUAAGCUCAACUAUUUAUUUGUGUUACUGGGAUUGAACAGUAAUAUCCGAUAGAUGAAGUAGCAGCAGCUGUAUGUAAGAAAAAGGUUGUUUAUUGUACUGUAAUACUUGAGAUAAAGAAAGAGAAUCCAAAAAAAAACAAGUUUAUAGGAUGUUUUAAAAAAAAAAGGAGUAAUCUGUGUGUUUGAACAUGUUUGUUUAUUUAUUUAUUUUCAGUUUGCCAAAGUCAACGUUUACUUGGGCCAAAUGAGCUUCAGAUGAAAUUUCUAGUAAAACUUCAUAUGAAAUUCAGAAAUCACAUCCGAUGUUUACUCGCCUUUACUGGUAUUUGGUGGUUUUCUCUUGUCUUUGUCAGCCUGGAUUUAAAGAAAAUAAUUGAUAGUUUAUUUUGUACAUCAGUCCAAACAAAACAAAAAAAAGGUUUUCUACAAAUGUAGCUGCAGGUGUAGAGAUUUAGUUGAAACACUCACAGCUGAGCAUCCAAAAUUUUUUGUUCUUUUGUGUUGUAAAAAAAAAACAUGUCAUCCAAGCCAUAUAUAUUUUGCUUUUUUUUUUUUUUUGUAAAUGUAAAUUCAGACUCUGUACGCUGACGACUCAUGACAGCCUACACACCUGCCUGGCCGUGUGGAAACGUUUUCUAACAGCCCUUCCUGUGUGUAGACUCGCUGUGAUACUGUUGAAUAUUGUAAAUAUGUUUUUUUGCCUACAUCAUCAUCAUCACCUUCGCACUCGUCUUUUAUUUAUUUUAGUUUAUUUUUUAGCCAUUUAUUGAACAGCCCAGACAUCCGAUGCCUCAUGCCUUUUUUUUUUGUUUGUUUGUUUUUUUUUGCACUGGCACAUAAACAAAAGUAACUGGAAUGAAAAAGUUAGAUUGUAGGUUUACAGCAAAUAUAUCAGCUUCGUUAUAGUUAUCCUUAUAGGUCUGUUGCCACACUUUUAUGCAACAUAUAUCAAAUGUUUAAAUGCUCGAGGUUUCCUUGAAGACAUUUCAUCAUUCUUCAGAGAUUUUAAAGGAAGUUAAAUACUGAAAGAGGCUGUUGGAAUCCAAAGAGCUGAUCUUGUAUCUGUAUAUGAAGUAAUUGUAUAUAAGAAUAUUAGAGGUAUUUGUAGCAUUCUGAUAGUUUAAAAGUGAAAGGUUUAGGUUUGGCGGUUACAGCUCGCUCAAACUUAACUGACGUUCAGGGUAAACAAAACGGAGCAAGGUGUGUGAUUUGUAUCUGCUGUAAUAUUGUAUGUAUUGUAAUUUUAAAUAAAGGAAAUGAAGGUGAUUCAGGGCCUCACUGUCAGGGUGAGUUUUUACCGCUGUAAAGCCACAAAUGGCCAGUCAUGCGACGUGAAACACAUUUUUUUAUUUGAGGUUUAAAACACUUCCAUCAACGUUAUUCAAUUAUUUCGAUCACAGCACUUUCUAAUUAUUAAGAACGAUGCUGUUAAAACGUUAUUCGGCAAAAAGCCAGGCUUCAAACAGCGAGAGUUCACCCGACUCAGACAGAAAACUGGAUUCACCUGACCUUAACGAGCUGUUACUGUUGUUUUUAGCGACAUCAGGAUGGUAAGAUGGAAAUAUGCAUGAUGCUGCUGGAGGAAAGUUAAGCGGGCCUGUUUCUAUCAACAGAAAUGUGAAUGUUUGUGUGUUUGAUCAGUUAUGGAAUAAAAGUUGAAUAUGCAAAUGUG